AUGCAUGAAGAAUACGAGACUAAUAAGACAAUUCUAGAACAAAGCAGAGCAAACAAACAGAGCAUCAAGGACCCCAAGAACAGAGGGAUUGAAGCUCCUUUGCACAAAAGUGAAGCAGCCGUUGCAGGGUAUGAAAAGGCAUUGGGGUUGAAGUCAAUUGCUGAGGAUUUGAGACAAGCCAACCAAAGGAUCAAGGAGCUGGACCAGUCUGUCCAUUCUUGUCUCAUCACCUCUUUUGAUGCUGACGGAGCGAGAGCAUUGACAUAUACUGAUGGCUCACUACUGUGUUCUAGUAAGGGAUAUUGUGGGGUUUUCACUCUUUUCCCUUUGUCAUCAUCUUCUGAUUGGGUCGGAACUGGGCCAUUGUUGUCCACUGGUUUUGUUGGACUGGUGUCUUCUGGUGGGGCAAUCGCCUUGCCAUCAUUGCCAUCAUCACUAUCUUCUAAUACUGGCGGAACUGCACUGUUCUCAGGUGACGGUGGACUGGUGUUUGUUGAUGGUGUGGUCCCUUUUUUUUCAUCAUUGACAUUAUCUUCUAAUGAUGUCAAAGGGACCUCUGAUGGGGCGAUGGCCAAGGCUUUCUUUUUCUGUUUCUGUUGA